UAAAGGUGGGAUCAUAGUUCUAUGGUGGGAUGUACGUGCGUAUGCUGAAAACUAUCAAAAACUUUGCCAUUUUUUUCUAACGUGAAAUAAACAUUCUUUGUUUAACUCAGAAGCACGCUAGUUUCUCUGUUCUUCGAAAAGUAGGCCUGGUUGAUGUAAACAAAAUCUAGGUCAAACGCAUGACAUAAUGCCAUCUAGACAAACUUAUCUGUGGCCAGUGGAGUGUCAACAGGGUUACCAUUAUUUUAGCGUCACGCUUCGUCAAUUUGACAGAUAUAGAUCUACAGUUACUGCAGACAGAGGAGAGUAGCAUUAAUAUGCCGGAGACAAGAAAACGCCAUGUACCUUCGUCUUCAGGGAGUACUUCAACCCAUAAAUCCGUUUCAUCUUCGGGGCCAAAUAAAGAUGAGGCUUCGUCUCGUUCCUUCUCUCACACUUUAGGAUUACUCAUAAUAUUUAUUAGUUUGUCAUGUGUGACAACACUGUGCUUGCUGCCUUCACCUAUAGAGCCUAUUGAAUACAGCCUCCCAUUGCCACCUCAGUUCAUUGGUCCUCUGGCUGAAAACAAACUCUUAGCCAAAGCUGAUAAACUUUUCCUUGAUAGGCUCCAUGGUCCAGAGUCUAUUACUGUACACAAUGGGAAACUGUUCACAGGAACUGCAGAUGGAAAGAUUCUUGAAAUUAAUGGGGAUGACAUCAGAGUGGUAGCCACACUUGGAAAGCCACCCUGUGGUAAGUUUGAUGAUGAACCAACUUGUGGAAGACCACUGGGUAUGAGGUUUGAUAAAGAUGGGAGUCUUGUUGUUGUGGAUGCUUACCUAGGUUUAUUUCGAGUCAAUGUUGAAACAGGUAAAUUUGUGCAGCUUUACUCGCCUGAGACUUUAGUAGAUGGAGAACAAGCAGCAUUUCUAAAUGAUCUUGACAUUGAUUCAGAUGGGACAGUCUAUUUCACAGAUUCAAGCACUAACUGGGGCCGAAGAUAUAAUAGAUAUGCUGCUAUGGAAGCCAAAAAAAAUGGAAGGUUACUGGCAUACAACCCCAAUACAAAACAGACAGAAGUAAUUUUGAAAAAUAUGAGUUUUCCAAAUGGAGUACAGCUGUCCCCAGAGAAAGACUUCAUCCUUAUUGCAGAGCUUUGUACAUGCAAAAUACUCCAGUACAGUAUAAAUACAUUAUUGUGUGAAAAUUCUGUCUUUGUCAACUCUUUGUUCUGUGACUUGAAUGGAAUUAAAUGUUAUCUUUGCUAUGUUCCAUAAUUAAUCAAAAACUUAAUGCAUACACCAGAAGUAAG